GAAGGCCGUGUCUCAAGUGAUCAAUUUUAACUACCUCAACUCAUAGCUGUAAAUUCAGAUUGCAGCCAAACUGUGCUCCUGGAAUUUUUGGAAUUGGCCAGACCUUAGAGGCGCCUGUCCUAUUCACAAUGCCUGUAAUUCCGCUGGGCGAAUCUAUACCCCAGGACACUGCUCAUGCAGUGAGUGUCUCGCUACCCACAUGGCAAGCCAACAUCGGCUAUGAAGAAGGCCAGGAUUGGGUGAUGGGCCUCAUGGUCACAGGGUACCCUCGUUUCUUCAUUCACAAGAGCAUUGAUGCCUUUGCUCGAGACGUUGCCGCCGCUUUCGGCCGGCCAGACCAGCAGGCUAUGCUCUUUGCUACUGCCAGCGCUGCUCGAAGAUGUCUCGAAUUCAUGCGCCAGCGGGUGUCUCCUCAAGUCUCUGAACGGCUCUCUGUAGUUGACCUUGCUCUGGAUACGUCCAAGGACAUUUCUCCACUGCUGAAGCAGCUGUCGCCCACCAUUUCUGCCGUCAUCUUCCCGCAGGCGUCGUUCUCUGUCGCAAAGCAGUAUUGGCAGCACACCGGCGAUGGUGUUUCAAGUCGGCGCGCUGAGUUUUCUCAUGGGCUUUUUAAGCACGGGCAGCUUAUUGCAAUCAAAGAAGAGCAAUCACAUACACCGCCGGAGAAAUUAAUUCGUGGCCCAAAGCGGUAUUCGCGUACGGCCGCCGCCGCCGCCGCCGCCGCCGGUAGCGCCCGCACAAACGGUUCAGAAGCCAAGACCGUUUCUUCUUCUGAGAAUCCGGAGGAAGCAAGUGAAAGCUCUCGUUUCCUUGAAGAGCGCUUCGGCAGAAACCUGGACCUCACUCAAGUGGCCAAGGCGAGAUCAGCCAUCCGCAGGAGAAUUGCGGGCUCUCUCUCGGGUGAGACUGAUAUGAACGAUGAAUCAACGUCGCAAGCCAAAUCAAACAGCCGUGGCAUGGAGUCCCUCGACGAGACCGAUGUUCUGCUAUACCCUUGCGGCAUGAACGCCAUUUUCAACGCUCACCGUGCGCUCCUAGCCACCUUGGGUUCAUACAAGAGUAUAAGUUUUGGAUUUCCUUACGUCGAUACGCUCAAAAUCAUACAAAAGUUUGGACCUGGUUGCGUCUUUUAUGGUCAUGCAUCGUCAGAGGAGCUCGAUGAACUCGAGCGCCUCCUAAAGGAUGGACAGCGCUUCCUGGCACUCUUUGUUGAGUUCCCAGGAAACCCGCUGCUCACCUGCCCCGAUCUAAAACGUAUUCGCAAACUGGCCGACGAAUUCAACUUUGCCGUUGUCAUCGACGAGACAAUAGGGACGUUUGCAAACGUCAAUGUUCUUCAGUACGCCGACAUUGUCGUCAGCAGCCUUACAAAGAUCUUUUCGGGCGGCUCAAACGUUAUGGGCGGGUGUACCGUCCUGAACCCAGAAGGCAGACACUACCGCUUGCUCAAGCAAGUCUUUGAGGAACAGAUCUACGAAAACACGUACUGGCCCGAGGAUAUACUCUUUAUGGAGAGAAAUAGCCGCGAUUUUGCCAACAGAGUGAAACGCAUCAACACCAAUUCCGAGGCGAUAUGCGAAAUUCUGCGAGCCAAUCCUGUCGUCAAAGACGUAUACUAUCCAAAGUAUAAUCCAUCAAAGCCCAAUUACGAGGCGGUUCGCCUUCCCGAUGGUGGUUAUGGAGGUUUGCUCUCCAUCGUAUUCACUCAUCCACAACAAGCUCAAGAAUUUUAUAAUAACAUGGACACUGCAAAAGGACCAAGCUUGGGCACCAACUUCACCCUCUGCUCUCCCUAUGUCUUAUUAGCACACUUUCAGGAAUUGGAUUGGGCGGCUCAGUAUGGCGUAGACCCGGAUCUUGUUCGUGUCAGCGUAGGAUUAGAGGAGACUGAAGAGCUGCAGCUACUCUUCCAAAAGGCUCUGGCAGCAGCUGAGGCCGUAAGCAUUGCUUGAAUCUAGUUAGUCCAGGUUUUACUCGAGAUCCGCCAGUAACAAUAACGCUGGAAAGGUUGAUGCAGUAAAUAAAAGCGUUAAUAUAGGUGAUAGUGAUACGAGACGGCAUGCAAAGUCUAAAUGCGUUAUGCCCUUUGGAUUCCGUGUGAAACCACAUACAGUCUAUGUAUGGUUAUGUUUAGCAGAUAUUAAGUACUAGGCUGAAAACAUGAUACAAAAACAAAAACCUAGAAUUAAAAUAUUUGUAUAUAUAUAAACACUACAUGUAAAGAAUAUUUGCAGUUGAUGCGCGUUUGCUGGUAUCAUAGGACCGCAGAGGUCAAUAGUAUAAAACAAGGCUCUAAAAAUCUCAUGCUCGCCGUUCCCAUCUCUU